AUGACACUCAAAUUGCUUAUGAAUUCGACAUGGGGAUAUUCCAUUAAGAAACCUCAAGAGAUGAAGAGUAAACAUUAUGAGAAGGUCGACAACUUUGUUGAAAGGUUUUCUCCUUUUGUUUUGAAGUACGAAUUCACUCAAGGUCAAAGUGGCUUAGUAACCACAUUAAAACCUAUUGUCGAACAUUGGUCUUACCCUCAGUUCGCAAAGGCAGUCCUUGACGAGUACAACAAAUUCUUCUCGGAAGUCAAAUCGAAAGUCAAGGUUUACUAUGAGAACAUUGACGCACUCAUGACGAACGAAGAAGGAUACAACAAACUCAUUGAAAUGGGAAUGGUCGGUGAAAAGAUGGGCUGUUUUAAGCUAGAUAAGGUAUUUUCCGAAGUUCCUGUAAUAUCGAAAAGGAAAUAUUGGGGCAUACUUGAAGACGGCACAGAAAUAAAACAUUGCAUGAAAUAA